AUAUUCUUGUUAUCUAAUGAUUUGAGAUAUUUACCUAAAGUUUUUAUUAAUUUUGUCAAUUCAAAUCUAUAAAAUGUCGUUCGUAAAAUGUUGCUUUGAAUCGGGCGAGGGACAUGAUUUUCUGGACUCCUUUGUUCAGAAGUGCACAGAUCCUGGAUGCUGCUGCGGCUGUUGCUCAGCGCUGCGGCCUCGCUACAAGCGGCUGGUGGACAACAUAUUCCCUGCAUCCCCUCAGGAUGGGCUCGUCAAGUCCAACAUGGAGAAGCUUACCUUCUACUCCCUGUCCAGCCCGGAGAAACUGGACAGGAUCGGGGAAUACCUGUUCCAGAAAGCUUCCAGGGAUAUCUAUAGGAGGAGACAUGGUUUCGUAAUAAUCGCCAUGGAGGCCAUGGACCAGCUCCUACUCGCGUGCCACUCGCAAACCCUCAACUUAUUCGUGGAGAGCUUCCUCAAGAUGGUGCAGAAACUGCUGGAGUCCACCGACCCUCAGCUGCAGAUCUUGGCUACGCAAAGCUUUGUCCGCUUCGCGAACAUAGAAGAGGACACCCCCUCAUACCACAGGCGGUACGACUUCUUCGUAUCGAAGUUCUCGGCGAUGUGCCACAGCAACCACAGCGAUGCGGCCACCAGAGACAAGAUACGGCUUGCCGGGAUACAGGGGUUGCAGGGUGUCAUCAGAAAGACAGUGUCGGAUGACCUGGUAGAGAACAUUUGGGAAGCGCAGCACAUGGACAAGAUUGUGCCCUCGCUACUUUACAAUAUGCAGACUGCGGAGAAAUACGAGACAGUGUCUUGUAUGGAAACGGACACGCGUGACGGAGCGGAGGAGACGCCCCCACGGCUAGCGGAGGCCUGUCUGAGGGAACUAGUGGGCCGCGCGUCCUUCGGGCACAUCCGCAGCGUGCUCCGGCCUGUGCUCACACAUUUCGACCGCCACGAGCUGUGGGUGCCAAAUGAUUUCGCCGUGCACACUUUCAAGAUUAUUAUGUUCUCGAUCCAGGCGCAGUAUUCCUACAGCGUAGUGGAGUCUCUUAUGCAGCAUCUAGAUGCAAGCGGGCCGAGCGCGAGCGACGCUCGUGCUAGGACGCGCGUGCGUGCCGCGCGAGCCGCCGUGCUUAGUAAUAUAGUGGCUAUUGCUGCUGGAGAUAGUGUGGGCCCAUCAGUGUUGGAGAUCAUUAACAACUUGCUGACUAAUCUACGAGCUUCAGUUGCUAGAGAUUCUGAGAAAGAAACAGACGAGAAGUUAUACCAAGAAGCGCUCAUCAAUGCGUUGGGAGAAUUCGCUGACCAUCUCCCAGACUUCCAGAAGAUCGAUAUCAUGAUGUUUAUCAUCAGCAAAGUGCCCAGUAGUCAGCGUGGGAAGAGCACCAAGGCUGAUGCCAUGCUGCAGACUAUACUGCUGAAGUCGCUGCUCAAAGUGGGCACAACGUAUAAGACAACAGAACUCAGCAAGGCAUUCCCUGCAGCAUUCUUAGAGGCGUUACUCCGCGUUUGCCACGCGAGCGAACCCGCGGCGCGCGCUAUACUGCAGCGUAUAUUACACACGCUGCUGGACAGGCACGGGAACUCGCCCGCGCUUAUAACGCCGCAAUUGGAAUACGCGGAAUUAGGCCUGUCUGUGGAGAAGUGUUCCCGCCAAGACCUGAUCUUCAUCAGCAAGCAUGGCUACGCGAUCUUCAGCUCAUUGUAUGACGGUUUACAACUGGAAUCGAACACGCUAGAGAACAUAGAAGCGAUAUACACAACGCUGGCCCUACUGAUCAUCGAACUGGCGUGCGAGGAGACCGUCUGCGACAUACUACAGCUGGUACUCGCCAUCCAGCAGUCAGCACUAUCCAAUCCGGUGCUGGGAGUAGCCCAGCAGUGCCAACUGCACGCGCUCGUGGCUUCACUUCUAGCGUUGCUGCCACACGUUAUGCGUCUGCAGCGCCUUGGGGACUACGUGCACAAGAUCAUCGAAUCCCGGAGCUCGGAAGCACCUCAAUUACUGCCGCCACUACGCAGCGAGUAUCCACAGCUGGCACCCGCAGACAUGCCUUCCAGCCUGCCCUACCUCAUGGUGGACCAGAUGGCAGUCUGUGAGUGCCUGAAGGCAAGUGGAGUGGAAUCAGCUCGUCUGCAAGCCGCUGCCCCGUAUGCAGGAGGCGCCGCUUUAUCCUUGGCCCAUAGACAUAGCUGGGUGGAAGCCGGGGCAGCGCAAGGCCGCGACAGUUUAGCUGAUAUUGCGGCCGGGCCCGCGGCGGAGCCCGACAGUGCUAACAGCUCGCCGGGUGUUCAAAGACACCCAAUGCAGGCCGAGAGCGUAAGCCUGGAGGCCUUACGGCGGGCCGCCGGCGGGCCCUCCGACGCAGAACGUCGGGAGGCCGAGCGCCGCAGGGCCACCCUUAAUAAUGCCUUCCGUACUGCUCCCUUCCAGCAUCUAAGGGAGAUCACGCAGCCUAAGUACGAGAUCAAAGACAAGCUAGAGGAGAUCUUUAACUCUAUAUCGGAGGAGCCUUUACUACCAGCCUCGGGCUCGUGCUCGCCCGGCGGACAGACCAAGUCCUACCAGCAACACGUGCCGGCUUACACCAAGUAUUUUCCGGAGCUGUUCUUGUACUAGACGUUGAAGUAUGAAGGAGGAUCACGAGCGUACUCGAGUAAUAAUGCUUCCACAGCUUACUGCCAUUAAGCAUUAGGCAUAACGCUUAGCCCAUUGCCAGGUAAUGCACAUGACAGUUAUUUACUACAUGUACCUAGUAGUGGACACCCGUCAAUUGAUUGACAUACUUUUUAUGAGCUGUCAAAAACGACAAUUCCAUAAAUUUUGUUUAGGGGCCAAAACGUCAUCAGAUUGCGAACAAUUCGCAGUCCAUUUAACAUUUUAACGCGGCCACUUCAAGGCAUGAGUGAAGGGACUCGCAUACUUAUCUAUUGAUGAGUGUGUUAUAUUCAGUGAGUGAAUGUUAAUGCCAUAAUGGAUGAGUAGUUGAGUUGAGUUCUAAUUCGAAAGUUCGGGGUUCAAUUAGACAACAAGACAUGCAAAUAAAAAGAACUUUUGACUAAAGCCCGCUCGCACACUCACUGCGGGCGCCCGUCGCAUAGUCGCGACAGCAAUAUAAUUACGCGCGAGCGAUAAGGAUGGGUAGCUUGGGGUCAUUGGACAAAAUUCUACGUGCUCGCAGACCAGACUAUAGUUGUUAAAACCCACACCGUCGAAGUCAGACAAAUAGCACCUUUAUGAUGGUUCAAUGGACUAAGCGUUUUAUGUUGAUUUUCGAUUGUUUUGUUUUGACUAAUUUAUAACUAAAAUAAUAUAAUUAUGUUAAACAAUCUUUAUGAUUGAAGUUACUUUGUUAAUAUUUAUUGAAAUAAUCACAGUUGAACGUGCCUCUAGAGAAUUUAAUAUUCUUUAUAG